GUUUCAUAUAUAUGAUUGCCUUUACCAACCACAUGUCCUUCCUUCUUCAAUAAGUCAUCUUUUAAGACACGACAAUCGAGGAGCAUCCAUGGAUGCCUAUGCCUAUGUCUUCACAAAAGCUCUCUUCUAUCUUCUCGUGAUUCCUCUUUUUUCUUCAGCACAACCAAAUUGCCCACUUUCAUAUUGUGGUCAAAACCAAAACAACGUCCGUUUCCCCUUCCGGUUAAUCGGUCAACAACCCCAAACCUGCGGCUUUCUGGGCUUCGAUCUCCGAUGUGUAAGACCCAGUACGUUGCUUAUCAACAUCUCCUCCUCCGGCGAAUUCGCCGUCAGGAGCAUCAACUACCGAUCACAAGCUAUGCGAAUCUCCGACCCUUUAAACUGUCUUCCGGCUAGGCUGUUGAAUAUCGACCUCUUCAACUCACCUUUCUCAGCUGCUAGCUACAUGCAAAAUUACACUCUUUUGAGAUGUCCAAAUGAUGCGAGUUUGUCUGGUUAUAGCUAUACCACCGUUGAUUGUUUGAGUAAUUCGAGUUUUACGACUCUUGCUAUUGCUUCAAUGAAUGCUGUGAGAUCAUUGAGUGGUAAUAACACCGGAUGUCAGAUCGUCGGACUUAAUGUAAGGCUGCCGGUGACGUCGGAGCAAUCAAAUCAAGGGUUUACAACACGGAUCGAUGAUGAUAUGAUUUUGAUAUGGUCGAAACCUGAUUGUGAAACUUGUGAAACAGCUGGUGUUUCCUGUGGUUAUGCAAAUAUUUCCUCAUCGGAGACAAGAUGUUUCUAUAACAACGGUGUUCCGAAACCUUCCCACAUAUUCAAAAUCAUAGCUUUUGCAAUGGCUAUACCAGCCAUGGCAGCUUCCGUUAUGAUCGCUUGCCUAAUGUGUGCAAAGGAUAGACGGCGGGGUGACCUCUUCAGUACCCAGAGAACCACCACCACCGUGGCCCCAGUGGACGACGGCGUUGUGCCGCCAACCAUCGUUGGACUUGACCAGACGACCAUCGAGUCAUACACGAAAGUGGUGCUGGGCGAAAGCAAACGGCUCCCUGGACACGAUGAUGCAGUGUGUCCGAUAUGCUUAUCGGAGUAUCAUGUGAAGGAGAGUGUAAGGUGUAUACCGGAGUGUCUGCAUUGCUUUCAUGCAGAAUGUAUUGACGAAUGGCUUAAGAUGAAUGGAUCAUGUCCGAUAUGCAGGAAUUCACCCUCUCCUGUUCAUGUUGAUCAAUCCUAGCACACAUUUUUUUGUAUUCUUUUGACUAUUAAUUUGCUUAAUUUUGUUAAUUAUCGGAUGAUGUAGAUACAUUAUAUACCAUACUUUUGUUUUAAAG